AUGUCUGUCGUCUUCACAUCGGGAAUCUCCAGGUAUUACGUUAAGGGUCGUUGGUUGGAGACAAAUGACACAAUCUCACUGAGGGUCAUCAACAUACAGCAUGGAGUUUAUAAUGGCUGCCUCUUUUGUUGCAUCAUGUGGCAACAGUCACCAUCAUCAAGGGAGGUUACAACCACCAACAGUGAAACAGACAAGACAAGUCUUUGUUGUGAUGAUGACUGUGAAGCGAGGAAUGGUGAAAGCUGCAGUGGUAGAGCUGUCAGCAGCACACAGCAGGGUCUGGCCUUCUCUCGGAGCUGCGCCGUUCCGCCACGCUGCCUCUGCCGCGCCGGCUGCAGGGCACAGCGGGGCCGGGCACUCUCUGGCCAGCCCGGCCUCGCCUCCCCUGCCAUGCGGGGCCGGGCUGGGGCAGCUGCAGGGCACGGCAGGAAGGGGGACGGGAAGGACAUUGAGGUGCUGGAGCAUGUCCAGAGAUGGACAGUGGAGAUGAUGAAUGGUCUGGUGCACAAGUCUCAUGAGGAAAGGGUUUUUGGAGACCAAAAUCAAGGAGCAGUUUUCCUACGUGAAUUUACAUUGAUUCGGAGAGAAAGUCUUCAAGAUGAUUUCCUAUCUGAUUUGCUGAAUAACCACAAAACAGAAGACCCGAGCUCCAGAACAGCUCGCUCGGAGGAAGACCGAGACUCACUGUGGGAUGCCUGGGGCUCAUGGAGUGAAUGCUCACGCACCUGUGGAGGAGGGGCUUCGUAUUCACUGAGACGCUGCCUGAGCAGGAAGACCUGCGAAGGGCAAAACAUUCGGUACAGGACAUGCAGCAAUGUGGACUGCCCACCAGAAGCAGGUGAUUUUCGUGCCCAGCAGUGCUCUGCUCACAAUGAUGUCAAGUACCAGGGGCAGUUGUAUGAGUGGCUUCCUGUCUCUAAUGACCCUGACAACCCAUGCUCACUGAAGUGCCAGGCCAGAGGAACGACUCUGGUUGUGGAGCUGGCACCAAAAGUUCUGGAUGGGACACGGUGCUACACUGAAUCCCUGGACAUGUGCAUCAGUGGCUUGUGCCAAUGCACUGUGACCUGUGGACAAGGACUCAGAUACCGCGUGGUUCUUUGCAUUGACCACAGGGGGAUGCAUACAGGAGGCUGUAGUACUAAAACAAAGCCACACAUAAAAGAAGAGUGUGUUGUACCCACUCCUUGCUACAAGCCCAAAGAGAAACUUCCCUUGGAAGCAAAGUUGCCAUGGUAUAAGCAGGCUCAAGAGGUGGAUGAAGGAAUAGCCAUAUCUGAAGAACCCUCGUUUAUUCCUGAGGCUUGGUCCACCUGUAGUGUCACCUGUGGAGUAGGCAGCCAGAUGCGGCUUGUGAAAUGUCAAGUGCUCCUCUCUUUCUCUCAGUCUGUGGCUGAUCUGCCCAUCGAUGAAUGUGAAGGUCCCAAACCUGUGUCUCAGAGAGCCUGUUACAGUGGUCCCUGCAAUGGAGAGGCAAAUGAAUACACCCCAGAGGAAACUCAGCUUUUGUAUGGCAGCUUGCAGGAGUUUGAUGAGCUUUAUGACUGGGAAUAUGAAGGCUUUACAGAGUGCUCAGAGUCCUGUGGAGGAGGUGUCCAGGAGGCUGUGGUGACCUGUCUGAACAAACAAACUAGGGAGAUUGCAGAGGAAACACUGUGUGUUAGCAGCCGUCGUCCUCCACAGCUGCUGAAGGCCUGUGGCGUGGACUCCUGCCCCCCAAGAUGGGAGAUUGGGAAUUGGAGCACUUGCAGUCUUACCUGUGGGGUUGGUUUGCAGACACGGGAUGUCUUCUGUUCUCAUCUGUUAUCAAGAGAGACCAACGAGACUGUGAUUUUGGCAGACGAGUUGUGCUCUAAACCCAAGCCAUCCCUCGUGCAAGCCUGUAAUCACUUUGACUGCCCACCCUCCUGGUAUCCUACAGAAUGGCAAGAGUGUUCUCAGACCUGUGGUGGUGGUGUCCAGAAGCGAGAUACACUUUGUAAGCAGCGACUGGCAGAUGGAAGCUUGUUAGAGCUGCCAGAAACCUUCUGCUCCAUGCCAAGGACCGUUACACAACAAGCCUGCAAAAAUGAGGAUUGUCCCAAUGAGUGGCUUCUCUCUGACUGGACACAGUGUUCAGUGAGCUGUGGAGAAGGCACACAGAGUCGAAAUGCUAUUUGCAGAAAGAUGCUGAAAACUGGAGGUUUUGUUAUCAUCAAUUCCUCACUCUGCCUCCCUUUGUCAUUCUCAUCCUUGAUCAGGCCCUGUUCACUAGGCCCCUGUGCAAGGCACAGCAGACCAGCUCAUAAGCAAAGCCCACAUAUAAUGGCUGUAAAGCAAGUUUACAUCCAGACAAGGAAACAGAAGAAACUGCACUUCAUUGUGGGUGGAUAUGCCUACCUGCUACCCGAAACUACUGUUAUCCUCCGAUGCCCUACCAGGAGGUUCCAUAAAUCAAGGAUCACCUGGGAGAAGGAUAACAAGAGGCUUGUCAGUUCAGCUCACAUAACCAUCGCACCCUAUGAGUACAUGAAAAUCCAUCAUCUGAAGCCUUCAGACACUGGGACGUACACCUGCACAGCAGGGCCAGCCAGGGAGCAUUUCAUAAUUAAACUGAUUGGAAGCAACAAGAUCAUUGCUGGGCAGCCAGUAGGUAUUAGGGAGGAAGAAGUAAUGAGAAAGGCUGGCUUAAAUGAUGCUUUGCGAACAGAGGAUAAACAUCUCAAUGGGAUUGUCUUCAAUGGUAGCAAGGCUGAAAAGCGAGGGCACCUCACUAACCCCAGCAGCUGGUAUGACAAUAUUGUUUCAAGGCUGCUACAGCUCAGGGGCUGGCCAGGGGAAAAUUUGGAGUCCCGGGAAGCCCAGGUGUCCAUGGAGAGAAACACAUCCUCAGAAGAGGACCAGAGCCGAGAGCAUAGUCUGCCAUUUACUAUGGUCACAGAGCAGAAACGUUUGGAUGAUAUUAUAAGAAAUUUGUCACAACAGCCUGAGGAGCUUAAAGAUACCUACACUGAGCAUCUUGUUGUGCAGCUGGCUCAUGAGGUUUUCAAGAGCUACUUGGAGCACCGGGAAUCUGUCUUCAAAGCAUCAAGACAAAAAGUUUAUUCAGCCUCAGUGGAGUACCCUUUCCACAGACGUGUGUCUGGAUUUACCAGUUCCCUGAGGACAUCGUCUGCUGAAACAUUUAUUCCCACCUCUGUAGACCUGGCAAAUGGCUUGCACAGGCCUCAUCAAAAGCCUGCCAUUCUCCGAAAAAUUUCAGCAGCACAACAACUUUCUGCUUCAGAGGUUGUCACCCACCUGGGACAGACGGUGGUCCUAGCAAGUGGCACACUGAGUGUGCUGCUUCACUGUGAAGCAGUUGGAAACCCAAAGCCCACCAUCAGCUGGGCUAAGAAUGGAGAGGAAGUGAAAUACAGUGAUAGGUUGCUCCUUCAGCCUGAUGACUCCUUAAAAAUUCUAGCACCCGUGGAAUCUGAUGUGGGUUUCUAUGCUUGCAAUGCAUCCAAUGCCCUGGGAUCUGACUCAGUCUCCAUUGCUGUCACCCUAGCAGGAAAACCACUGAUAAAGGCAUCAAGAGAUACCAUGAUCAACACUGAAUCCCCUGCUGUCACUGUUGAUAUUGGAAGCAUGCUGAAAACAAUCCAGAAAGCAAAUGUUAGCAUUAGCUGCCAAGUUGCAGGUGUUCCUGAAGCAAAAGUUACUUGGUUUAAGAACAAAGUCAAGCUGUCUUCUACUCACCAUCUACGUGAUGGGUUGCUAUUAAUAGCAAAUGUUUCUCUAUCAGAUCAGGGGUUAUACUCCUGCAAGGCAGCCAAUCUUCAUGGGGAAGUAACUGAAAGCUCCCAGCUGUUGGUUCUUGAGCCUCCACGACCUCUUCCUUACCUAGAAGACCUGACAGAAGCGCUUAGCAGUGCUGGGCCCAGCACCCAUUCAGUGCUGACUUCUCCUUCAGGAGCAAAACUGACUGUCAGUCCAGGGAGCUCUGCUCUCAUAGGCUGUGCUGUCGAUGGGCAUCCAACCCCAAACAUCACCUGGCUUUACUCUGGUGAGCCUCUCAGUCCGCGACAUCAACUUCUGGCAGCAGGACGGAUUCUUCAGAUACUCAAUGUCAGUGAUUUCACUGAUGGUGAAUUCAGCUGCCUUGCUCAGAAUGAGGCUGGCUCACUCACACAAGUAAUGUCCCUGGCUAUACAAGAGUACCAGUGGUCAGCGGACAAACUUUCAGCUUGUUCAGCUUCCUGUGGCCACAGAGGGCUGCAGCUGCCCCAGCUGAGGUGCUUACUGGACAGGGCUGAAGUCAAUGCAUCCUACUGCAGAGAGACGCCCAAGCCAGCUCUGCAGCCCGUCGCAUGCAACAGAAGAGACUGCCCUUCACGGUGGAUGGUAACAUCCUGGUCUCCUUGCUCACAGAGCUGUGGUGGAGGCAUACAGACACGACGAGUGACAUGCCAGCGCCUGACAGCCAAAGGCAGCUCUGUCCCAGUAUCAAACGAGGCUUGUGCCCAGGUGUCCAAGCGCCCUGUGGACACACAGCAGUGUAACAGUCAGCCCUGUGCUGAGUGGGCGGCCUCUUCCUGGGGCCAGUGUAAUGGGCCUUGCAUUGGACCACGACUGGCGGUACAGCACCGACAGAUAUUUUGCCAGACCAAAGAUGGGACUUUUGUGUCAUCUGAUCAAUGCAGUUCCUUACCAAGGUAG